CGACUGGACAACAUCCCCAACAACCACCACGACAAUGCUCAUCACCCCGCUCUUCGGUCUCUUGGCCGCGCUCCCAGCCCUCGCCAUCACGCGCGAGCAGGCCCAGGCGGAAUGGCUCGAGAACGUCAACGCUGCCCACGGUGUCUCGAGCGGCGGCGACAAGCGCGCCCUCGUUGUUGAGCGCCAGGAUGCCGCCGCCCCGGCUCCAGCCCCAGCUUCGGCAGGUACGGGCAACUAUGCCCCGUACGUGGUUGCCUGUCCCGAGAACGUGACAUGGGUUAGGCCGGCUCAGGGCAUCAGCGAUGGCGAGAAGGCCUACCUCGCUGCUCGCGGCGCCAAGAUUGACGCGGCCGUCGCGGCGCUCGCGUCGGCGCACAACCUCACCAAGCCCGCCAGGCGGCCCGUCAUCGGCCUUGCCAUCUCGGGCGGUGGUCUGCGUGCCAUGCAAAACGGCCUCGGUGCCACCCAGGCCCUCAUCAACUCGACGUCCAACAAGGCUGGCACCGCCGGCGUGUUCGACGCCCUGUCCUACUUCACCGGCCUGUCGGGCGGCGCGUGGGGCGUGUCCACCUUCUACGCCAACGGUGGCCAGCUCCCCACCGACCUCGCCAAGAACGUCUGGAACCUGAGCGACAGCUACAUCUCGCCCAGCGUCGACACUGCAGCCUUCUUCGCCAACGUGAGCGCCGAGACCCAGGCCAAGGCCAACGCCGGCUUCCCCACCGCCCUCGUCGACCCCUGGGGCCUCGCGCUCGCCAACCACCUCAACCCCAAGGAGUUCCGCCUCGACACCAACCCCAACCUCACCGUCUCAGAGCUUCUGACGACGGUGCCUGCGCUCGCCAACUCGAGCCUGCCCUUCCCGAUCAUUAUUGCUGUUGGCCUCACCGGCGCCAACCACUCCACCGUCCCCGUCGACUCGGACGUCUGGGAGUUCAACCCGUACGAGUUUGGCUCGUGGUCUCUGUCGCAGGGCAAGACCCAGGGUGCCUUCACCCCCAUCGAGUACCUCGGCUCCCCCGUGCGCGGCGGCCAGUCCAACGGGACCUGCUACAAGGGCUUUGACCAGCUUGCCUUUGCCCUAGGCGCGUCGUCCAACCUGUUCAACACGCUCGGCGCCAUCGGCCAGCCCUCGACCCUCUUCCCUGCCAUCGGCAACUCGUCGGCCCUCCAGGGCCCCAACAACGUUGUUGUCAGCGUGCCCAACUCGUUUGCAGGCUUUGACGCGUUCGCCGCGGACCCCGUUGCCUCGGAGAACGACCUGAUUCUGGUUGACGGCGGUCUGAACAACCAGAACGUGCCGUUCGCGCCGCUGGUGACCCCCGAGCGCAAUGUCGACGCCAUCAUUGCCGUUGACAGCUCGGCCGACACUGACAACCACUGGCCCGACGGCACUGCCCUGUACACCACCUACAACGUGCUCAAGAACGAGUCGGUGGCCAACAACUCGACGCUCCGCUUCCCGGCCGUCCCCUCGGUCAACGGCUUUGUCAACGGUGGCCUCAACACCCGCCCCGUGUUCUUUGGCUGCAACGACACGGCUGCGCCGCUUGUUGUUUACAUUCCCAACUACCCUUACUCGGCCAACUCGAACUCGUCGUCGUUCACCUUUGCCUACCCCCAGGACACUGUCCAGGCCAACCUCGCCAGCUCGGGCCAGGCGAUUACGCUUAAUGGCACGAUUGCCGCGUGGCCCACCUGCCUCGCCUGUGCGCUGACUGACCGUGCCAACGGCUACACCUCGGCCAACCGCUCGACGGCGUGUGCGGCGUGCUUCAACACGUUCUGCUGGGACGGCACCGACAAUGCUACGGCGCCGUCGACCCCGUACGCUCCGGCCAUUGGCGUGCCUGCGUUUGUCAAGGCCCACGCGAACUUGAGCCUGCCAGGUGCCACGGGGGCUGGCGAGAAGCCCAAGAGUGCGGCUUCGGCCGGCGUCGAUGCUCGCGGCGUUGUCGUCGUCGCUGCCGUCCUCGCUGGCGCCGCCGCCACCCUAUUCUAAGCUGUACAUUGCAUAUGAAUUAAUGCUGGGUUAGAAGGACAGGACGACGAUGCCGAGGGUCGUUCCUAAGUAGAUGGCCUGGUCGUCGGCCUUGACCCACUCGACGUCGACGUCGUCUUUGGUGCCCCAGUCGAUGGCCGAGUGGAUCCACUUGGAUGGGAGGGUGUAGCGGGGCGGGUAGCGGCGGAGGUCGUCACCGUUGUCGGGGAGGGCGACGAGGCCGGGUGUCGGGGAGGCGAGUUUGAACUGGGGGAGGAGGGGUGGGGGGGUCGGUGUGGACGGCAUGACGGUCGCCGCAUCCACUGCGUCCGGGCCGUAGUCCCCAACGUAGAUCGUGUGCCCCUUGUACAGGUCGUAGCAGCACAC